AACAGCAGAGUUGUGAGUUGUUGCCGAAUAUUUCCGCUGAAAGUAAGUCUGCAAAGAAAUCAUUUAAUUUCAACCGUCUACGUUCGAGUAUGGAACGUUGGCACAAUCGUGUCGCCGUCGUCACCGGCGCCAGUGCGGGUAUUGGUGCUGCCUGUGUCAAAUAUCUCGCGAAUAAUGGUAUGAUAGUUGUGGGUCUUGCGCGUCGUAAGGAGCGCAUCGAAGCGCUGCGUGAGCAAGUGGAAGCGACGGCACGCGAUCGUGUGCAUGCCAUUCAAUGUGAUCUGCGCGAUCAGCAACAGAUCAUAGACGCAUUCAAAGUAAUCGUCGCCGAAUAUGGUCCCGUUGCGGUGCUCGUGAAUAAUGCCGGGACUGUGCGGGUCACAAAUUUGGUAGAUGAUAAUAAUCAGCAGGAUAUACAGGAUGUGAUCGAUACAAAUAUAGUGGGUGUGGUGAAUUGUACAAGAGAAUCUUUUCGUUCGAUGAAAGCGCAUGGUGGUGUUGGACAUGUCUUUCUAAUUAAUAGCAUCUCUGGACAUUAUGUACCGAAUAUACCGAAUACUUCGUUCAAUAUUUAUCCAUCGACAAAGUAUGCUGUGACCGCAAUGACGGAAGUUUAUCGACGGGAAUUUCUUAUGUUGGACACAAAAGUUAAAGUGACGAGCAUCAGUCCCGGUGCGGUUGACACUGAAAUCAUUGCAUCCGAAAUUAGAGAAUUAUUGGCCAACGCGCCAUUUUUACAACCCGAAGAUGUAGCCGAUGCGCUAAUUUAUUGUCUGCAGACGCCGCCACAUGUGCAGAUACAUGAGCUCACCAUAAAGCCAAUUGGAGAAUUGCUUUAAAAGUUACAGGCUAACAAGUGUAGUACUUUUAAUCAGAAAGCAAUUCGUUACAAAGAAGCUUUGACUAUAAACAAAUACACAAAAUUAAAGAUUACAUUAAAAAGUA